AGCUCAUUUCUUUUUCAAAGCUGCUGCCCACGUCACCAUAGAUUCUGGGCCCUAACUUCCCCUGCCCUGUACAGCAGGUGCGCUUCCCCUCCACGCACCGUCAGCGGGUACAGCCGCCUGUGCUCUGCACGCAAGAUGAGAAAAUUAGGGCUUCUGUUCUCUCCCCUUCUAAUGUGCUCCGACUGCCCGCCCGUAUCUGAUGCCCAUGUCUUUGUUCUGCCUCCCUCCCACGGCCAACGACAUUUUCUUAAGUCGUAGGAAAUGAGACUCUGAAAAGAAAAAAAGAAGUGGGGGACACAAGCCCAGGCUUCUUCCAGCGCUUGCUCAAUCACGUGGGGCCUCUCAGCCCUAAGGACAUGCCCUUCAGAGAGAAGGGGAUUUUCUCUCCAGGCCACACGGACCCAAACUUUUGGUUACCACGUGCCUGGCCACAGCCAGUCAGCAGCUCAGUAACGCGAUCGCCACGGCCUACCUCCCACCCACGAAGUGACAACAGGCUCAGCUGGAAGCACCGCAGCCCCGCCGCCGGGAGAAGACUGCGCCCGGACCGGAGAAGCGGAGAAGCUCGGAAACUGCACACGGCAGAGAUGAAGGGAGACGCUGGGACCGUGCUGUGCCCGGAGAAGUCCAAGCAGGAGGGACACAUCUGGGGCUCCAUGCGGAAGACAGCGUUCAUCCUGGGCUCUGGUCUGCUCCUGUCCGUGGCCUUCUGGAACUCGGUCACAUGGCAUCUUCAGAGAUUUUGGGGUGCUUCUGGCUACUUUUGGCAAGCCCAGUGGGAGAGGCUGCUGUGGAAGUUUGAAGAGAAAGAGUGGAUCCUCUUCAUAAUAGGCGCUGCCCUAGUGCCCGGGCUGCUCUUCUGGGCCUUCAAUGGGCUCCUACUUGUGGUGGACAUGACGGGAAGACCAACCUUCAUCUCCCGCUACCGGAUUCAGCUGGGCAAGAAUGAGCCUGUGGACUCCGUGAAACUGCGCCAGUCCAUCCGCACAGUUCUCUUCAACCAGUACAUGAUCUCUUUCCCCAUGGUAGUCUUCCUCUAUCCCUUCCUCAAGUGGUGGGGAGACCCCUGCCGCCGAGAGCUACCUACCUUCCACUGGUUCCUCCUGGAGCUGGCGAUUUUCACCCUGAUUGAGGAAGUCUUGUUCUACUAUUCACACCGGCUCCUUCACCGCCCAGCAUUCUACAAGCAAAUCCAUAAGAAACACCACGAGUGGACAGCACCCAUUGGUGUGAUCUCGCUCUACGCCCACCCCGUAGAGCACGUGGCCUCCAACAUGCUGCCAGCAACAGUGGGCCCCUUAGUGAUGGGCGCUCAUCUGUCCUCCAUCACUGUGUGGUUCUCCUUGGCCCUCAUCAUCACCUCCAUCUCCCACUGUGGCUACCACCUGCCCUUCCUGCCCUCCCCUGAAUUCCACGACUACCACCAUCUCAAGUUCAACCAGUGCUAUGGAGUGCUGGGGGUGCUGGACCACCUCCACGGGACUGAUUCUGUGUUUAAGCAGACCAAGGCCUAUGAGAGACACGUCCUCCUGCUGGGCUUCACCCCACUGUCAGAGAGCAUCCCCGACUCCCCAAAGAAGAUGGAGUGAGAGGGCCCUUGUACAUCCUGGCUGUCCCAAGAUUCUAAGGUGGCCUGAGGCCUCAUGAGUGCACCUAACAAUUUGCCCCCUUUAGCCAUAUACUCUUGAUGGCAACAUUAGGGUAGAGAGCAGGCCAGCUUUCUAGAAAAGGAGGGCCAAGGAUAGAGCCAGGGCUCUCCUAAACUACUGCUGGGACCAGAAAUGAGCUUGAAUAUAGAAAGCUCCCAAGGUUGGAGGUCCACCAGAGGGAGGAGAAACCGCUUUGAGCGAGGUACUGCCCAGUCCCCCACAUCCUCUGCUGGCGACUCCCUGUGACUAAGGAAGAUGCAGAGGAUAGAGAUGGCAGUGGCACAGGAGGCUCCGUGGACUCCAGGGGAAGUGGCUUCUGGUGCCAGAGUGGGGGAGCUAGGUACCACUUUGCUUCUGUGUCCUCAAAAACUUUGCUUACCCCUUCCUCUGGCCACAGCCAGGGCACCUUGGCCAAUAAUUAAAGGUCUCAGUUCUUUUUUUUUGGUACUGGGGAUCAAACUCAGGUCCCUCCGCUUGUGAGACAGGCAGUGGAACCACUGAGCUAAAUCCCCAGCCCAAUAGUUUUGUUUUUUUUUUUGGUACCGGGGAUCGAACUUGGUACCUUUCGCUUGCGAGGCAGGCGGUGGAACCACUGAGCUAAAUCCCCGGCCCCCUUUAUGAAGUAUUUUUAUAUUUUGUCACAAGCCUGUAAUCCAGGCACUCAGGAGGCUUGAGUAGGAGGAUUGCUCGAGCCCUAUUUGGGGCCAGCCUGGGCAACAGAGCCUAAGGCUCUAUUUCUUAAACACACACCAAAACUUUAAUAUCUGAUAGGGCCAAACCUCUAGGCCAGCGAUGGCGCAAACCUAGAGCUUUCAAUAAUACAAACAGCCCACUGCAGCACACAUGCUGUAGGCUUGCCACCUCUGCUCUAGGCAGAACUGUCAGGAAGGACUUCUUUCCCAUCAGCACCCGGAGCUCAGAAGCCUUCUGGGGUGAGCCACUCAACACUUCAUGGGCAGCAUGUCCCCUGGCCUUCUACCACCCUGCCCACCCACCUGACCUUGGUGGACUCAGGUCCCGGCCUAGGAUAGCUUACAGUCUUGGGUUGAAGUCCAUCAAAGCUCCAAGUUCUCACUGCUGUUGGCCGGUACCCAGCACCUGUUCCUUCAAAGAAGCAUCUGGAAAAAAGAGUCAAUCUUCAGUAUAUUUAAGAAGGGUAGGGGAUGAGAAGAGAGUGUGUAAAGAGGAAGGAGAAAAAGCCAUGCAUUUUUCCCCUCUAUAAGGUCGUUAGAUUUUGAGGCGCUGUAAGGGGCCUACAGGGACAAGAGACUCAAUUCUCGGGUUCCUUCUGGCACACAGGUGGUUGGUUGGUCGGUCCUUAAUAGAGGAGUUUAGCUCUAUCGUUUCUGCAUCAAACAGAAUGGCCCCAAAUUCCCAGCAGAAUAAACUAAUCUCCAUUUAUUUUAGUACAUACAGUAAAACCUUUUGCAAGCAUAAUUCCUUCUGGAAACGUUUGUAAUCCAGAGCACUUGCAUACCAAAGCAAUUCCCCCCUAAGAAAUAAUGAAAAAACUCAGAUGACUCAUUUCACAACCCACAAAUAUCCAUAUAAAGUAAUACUGCAAUAUACUACAAAAUAAUAGACAAGACAAACUAUAAGGAAAAAUAAAUUAACCUGCAUUUACCUCUGAAACCCUUCGUUGCUGGUGUGAGGGGGAUGAGAGGAGAGUUACUGUGUGACAACUUUCACCGUCACUAACAAUCACUACUAUCUGUUGGCUCAAUGGAAUCUUUUUCUUUUCCUGAAACUGUAACAAGGAACCUAUCCAAUGACACACUUUUGCCUCCUUUUGAGGAUUUCACAGAAAUGUGACGGUGCAGUCAUUAAACAGAUUCAUCUCAGCCUUAUUCAGCUGGUGCCUUUCUACAAAAUUCUGUAGUUUUUCCACAUCUCCCUAAUCGCAUUUGAAGCGAGGGAUUCCUCCUCCUCCUCUGCAGAUGAGACCUCCACAACCUCUUGCUGUUGGGAGAUGAUCACCCACAAUCCCGAAGCAAUGGAGACAGAGAGGAAAGGGUAGCAGGGGGAUCCCUGGCUCAGCUGUGAUCACGUGUUUGGCGUCACCUACUUGUAUUCCAAGUCAUUGCUCAUUUAUCAGGUUAAAAUUUAUUAGAAAUGUUCGCUAGUCUUGUGGAACUCUUGCAGAACAAGUUACUCACAAUCCAAGGCUUUAUAGUACUUCAGUUUUCUGUCCACUGCAGGACUUGUUCUGACUCAUGAUCACGACACUAAAAGCUAAGGCAGUACAAGUAGUCAGCAGCCUCUUGCAUAACCAUCCCUAACAGGAAUGUGUGGCAGUGAGGUUGGAUUAAUUCAUCUUCCUGUCCCCAAAGUACCAAUAAAUCUGCAGAAGCCCUGAA